AUGUCAGCACCGCAGACUACACAAGUUGAAAUUAUUCAGGAAGGAGACGGUAAGACCUUCCCACAGCCAGGUGACUUGGUUACAAUUCAUUACACUGGUACUUUGGAGAAUGGCAAGAAGUUUGACUCAUCUCGUGACAGAGGAAAGCCCUUUCAAUGUACCAUUGGUGUUGGUCAAGUCAUUAAGGGCUGGGACUAUGCAAUCCCCAAAUUAAGUGUUGGUUCUAGGGCAAAUCUUGUCAUUCCUGGAUCGGAGGCUUAUCAAGAAAGAGGAUUUCCAGGUUUAAUUCCACCAAAUGCUACUUUGUUGUUUGAUGUCGAAUUGAUCAAUGUCAAUUGA